AUGGCUACUUUCGCGUCAUCCCGCCAUACGCCAGCUUCACUCCAGCAACUCACGCCCCCCAGUAGUUCCCACGGCGCAGGAGGAUCGUGGGACUUUGCCGUGCCUGUGAACGAUUCGAGACAGUCAUACGACCAGGAGCCCUACAUGUCUGAAUACGGUGCUCCCGCCCACGGUUCCCGACAGCCCCUCACUUCGCAAGCCAACGGAUUCGUUAAACCCGUACGCUCGCCCACGUGGGACUCACAGGACCAGAACCGCUCACAGUUGGUCCCUGACCGCAUGAACGAACUGCAUAAGAAGAAAAGUGGAGACAUGAUUGCCAGCAACAUCGACCAGGACAGUGUGUUGGAGUACUACAAGAGCCACACCACCAACAACAAAAAGGGCCCCGUUUCCGUCAAGGGAAAGCCCAAGAAGAAGACGACCAAGCCCGGUGCAACAGAGCCCGAGUAUGACGCAAACCACUGGAUACACCGAGACAAGCUUAAGGAGAUUGAGACUCGGGAACUAGAGGAGGCAGGCUUCAGGGUGGGACGGUCGAGCAGGUCGAACAGUCGCUCGCAAAGCGCCACGCGACGUGCGCGAGACCGGACAAACUCUGCAUCCACGGACCACACGCAGAACGGCGAAGAGCGAACCGAGCCCCGCAAACGCAUAUCCACGAUACCAGCUGAAGAUGAGGAUGCGACGGAGGAAUAUCAUGCUUGGAGCCCGGGGGCCGACGGCACAACCGAGUUCCAGCCAUCUUCUCAGCGAACAAACCACACUGUGAGGCCUAGUACGUCUCGCAUUCCUCUGCCCAAGACGAGCGGUAUACCUGUGCCUGCUUCAAUGGCAGAACGUGAUGCGCCGCUGCCAAGGUCUAGAGGCAACAGUGGAAACUGGAACGGCGACGCGAUCGCUACCAUGGGUGCACGCGUACGGAGCGGCAGUGUAGGCAGCCAAGCAUUGCUCGUUGAUGUCGACGACGGUCGGCAGACGACGCCUCCAUAUGGCAGCCACAGGCGCAAUACCUCUACUGGCAGCUGGAGUCCGCCUAAAUCGCCCCAGAAGUCACCUAUGAAAGCCAAGACGCCUGGCAAAACGAACGCUACUGGAGCACGCAAAGCCAGUGCCCAGAAGACACAGCCUCGGUCCCGGGUAACCUCCAACAACUCGCCUCCAAACCGUCCCCGUACCAGUGGCGGGUCUACCAAUACUAGGCCUACCACUAGCCACCGACCAGAAGGUGAGGCUCCAUGGAUAGCGUCCAUGUAUAAGCCCGAUCCGCGUCUGCCUCCAGACCAGCAGAUUAUCCCAACCCAUGCCAAGCGGAUGCAGCAAGAACAAUGGGAGAACCAAGGGAGGGUUGGUUCCAUGUAUGACAAAGACUUCCGGUUGUUGAACGACGACGACAUGGGGGAUAAGCGACUCUCACAGCUCGCCAACCUUGACCCCAUCGCCAUCGAGAAAGCCCGAGAGGCUGAGACCUGGCCACUUCCCAGCCCGACAAAGCCGGACUCACCCGCAUCGCUUGAGAAGGUUGACACAAACACCGCCAAAUCCCCGGUCAACGAAGGCGGCUACAGCCUGACACCGAAAAUACCUCAAGGUGCCGAGCGUGCUCCUUCGCCAAAGCUGGCUCCUCCUAUCGCCCCGGCCGAGCCAAAGCCUGAGGUGACUCGCCUGCCGGAGCCGAAGGAGGAGCUCAAGGAGAAGAAGGGCUGCUGCUGCAUCGUCAUGUAG